CCUCCCGCGGGGACGGGGCGGGGAGGGCUGGGGGUGGGGUUAGAGAGAGGGACGCGAGCGGGAUCCAAACUUCCGGUGCCUGCAGAGCUCGGAGCGGCGGAGGCAGAGACCGAGGCUGCACCGGCAGAGGCUGCGGGGCGGACGCGCGGGCCGGCGCAGCCAUGGUGAAGAUUAGCUUCCAGCCCGCCGUGGCUGGCAUCAAGGGCGACAAGGCUGACAAGGCGUCGGCGUCGGCCCCUGCGCCGGCCUCGGCCACCGAGAUCCUGCUGACGCCGGCUAGGGAGGAGCAGCCCCCACAACAUCGAUCCAAGAGGGGGGGCUCAGUGGGCGGCGUGUGCUACCUGUCGAUGGGCAUGGUCGUGCUGCUCAUGGGCCUGGUGUUCGCCUCUGUCUACAUCUACAGAUACUUCUUCCUUGCGCAGCUGGCCCGAGAUAACUUCUUCCGCUGUGGUGUGCUGUAUGAGGACUCCCUGUCCUCCCAGGUCCGGACUCAGAUGGAGCUGGAAGAGGAUGUGAAAAUCUACCUCGACGAGAACUACGAGCGCAUCAAUGUGCCUGUGCCCCAGUUUGGCGGUGGUGACCCUGCAGACAUCAUCCAUGACUUCCAGCGGGGUCUGACUGCGUACCAUGAUAUCUCCCUGGACAAGUGCUAUGUCAUCGAACUCAACACCACCAUUGUGCUGCCCCCUCGCAACUUCUGGGAGCUCCUCAUGAACGUGAAGAGGGGGACCUACCUCCCACAGACUUACAUCAUCCAGGAGGAGAUGGUGGUCACGGAGCAUGUCAGUGACAAGGAGGCCCUGGGGUCCUUCAUCUACCACCUGUGCAAUGGGAAAGACACCUACAGGCUCCGGCGCCGGGCAACGCGGAGGCGGAUCAACAAGCGUGGGGCCAAGAACUGCAACGCCAUCCGCCACUUCGAGAACACCUUCGUGGUGGAGACGCUCAUCUGCGGGGUGGUGUGAGGCCCUCCUCCCCCAGAACCCCCUGCCGUCUUCCUCUUUUCUUCUUUCCGGCUGCUCUCUGGCCCUCCUCCUUCCCCCUGCUUAGCUUGUACUUUGGACGCGUUUCUAUAGAGGUGACAUGUCUCUCCGUUCCUCUCCAACCCUGCCUACCUCCCUGUACCAGAGCUGUGAUCUCUCGGUGGGGGGCCCAUCUCUGCUGACCUGGGUGUGGCGGAGGGAGAGGGGAUGCUGCAAAAUGUUUUCUGUGUCCCACUGUCUUGAAGCUGGGCCUGCCAAAGCCUGGGCCCACAGCUGCACUGGCAGCCCAAGGGGAAGGACCGGUUGGGGGAGCCGGGCAUGUGAGGCCCUGGGCAAGGGGAUGGGGCUGGGGGGGCGGGGCGGCAUGGGCUUCAGAAGUAUCUGCACAAUUAGAAAAGUCCUCAGAAGCUUUUUCUUGGAGGGUACACUUUCUUCACUGUCCCUAUUCCUAGACCUGGGGCUUGAGCUGAGGAUGGGACGAUGUGCCCAGGGAGGGACCCACCAGAGCACAAGAGAAGGUGGCUACCUGGGGGUGUCCCAGGGACUCCUGUCAGUGCCUUCAGCCCACCAGCAGGAGCUUGGAGUUUGGGGAGUGGGGAUGAGUCCGUCAAGCACAACUGUUCUCUGAGUGGAACCAAAGAAGCAAGAAGCUAGGACCCCCAGUCCUGCCCCCCAGGAGCACAAGCAGGAUCCCCUCAGUCAAGGCAGUGGGAUGGGCGGCUGAGGAACGGGGCAGGCAAGGUCACUGCUCAGCCACGUCCACGGGCGACGAGCCGUGGGUUCUGCUGAGUAGGUGGAGCUCAUUGCUUUCUCCGAGCUUGGAACUGUUUUGAAAGAUAACACAGAGGGAAAGGGAGAGCCACCUGGUACUUGUCCACCCUGCCUCCUCUGUUCUGAAAUUCCAUCCCCCUCAGCUUAGGGGAAUGCACCUUUUUCCCUUUCCUUCUCACUUUUGCAUGUUUUUACUGAUCAUUCGAUAUGCUAACCAUUCUCAGCCCUGAGCCUUGGAGAGGAGGGCUGUAACGCCUUCAGUCAGUCUCUGGGGAUGAAACUCUUAAAUGCUUUGUAUAUUUUCUCAAUUAGAUCUCUUUUCAGAAGUGUCUAUAGAACAAUAAAAAUCUUUUACUUCUGA